CGCGGGGCGCUGUCGGCAGCCUGGUGGUGGGAGGCUGUCGGUCGACGUCCGAGCCGAGCCGAAUCCGCUUUCGGGUCGCGUGUGACAGGUCCGGCUCGGCUCGGCGCCGUUAGCUUAGCAUGCUAAGGGGCUUAGGCGGCGGGGAGUCGCGGGGGUGGGAGCCGGUGCACGGGCCGCUUUGGGCGCGAGCGCAGAGGCGCCGUUAUCCGCACUACACGCGCUACGGAACCGUCAUACACACACAUACUCAUCAUACACAUUACAUACAAACGCAUUAUCUACGCAUUACAUUUACACACAUUUAUAUAAACCUUACAUAUGCAUUGCAUGUACACACAACAUUACAUGCAGACAUUCUAAGCAUUACAGGUGCAUACAUUACCAGGGUUGACAACUUUGUUCAGCUGGCUGGAGUGAGAUUUUCAAUUUGAGACAAGUCUGCAAAUCCAUUUAUAUGUAUGUAACAGUUUUACUACAUUGUAAAUAUUUUGUAUGGCUUGCAAACUAACCCAACGCAUUUGCUGUGGCUAAUUUUAGGUUUGUAAUGGAAUAAUACAGAUUUGCCGUAAGAUUUCUUGCGUGAGAGACUGAAAGCACGAGUGUCACGCCAGAUGCGUGCGAGUUGACAGCCGUGCAUUUCAUAAAAGUAACGUAAGGCUUUAUAUACGGUACAUAUGCGCACAUAACACGCAGACAUGCAUUACAUGUCCACAAGUUUACAUAUACACGCAUGCAUAACAAUUACAGACAUAGACACGUUACGCUCAUACAAGAAGUAGUUAUACCGAUUUAAAAGUACAUUUUACGAGGUCACAUAGUUCACGGGUUAACAGCGUUACUGUUUGAAUGAAUUUGUUGAACAGAUGACCCGUUGUGACUGGGUCGGUGCGUUAGGGUUAGGGGUUUUGGUGGGGUACGCGGGGUCUGUUUACUGAGUGCUUUACCAGUUCGGCGUACAGACCUGACCCUCGGUCACGGUGUCAUUUCUCUGCUUUAGGUUUUAAUGACUGUUGGUAAUGAAACCUUAACAAAAGAUCAGUUACGCUGCUUUAGGUUUCGCCCUGUUUCUCGUUGCAGCCUUCCAGGUCAGUCGCUCGAAUCUUUACCCACCGCGUUGUCUACCACAGUGAAAUAAUGCAGUUUUCCUUAAAUCCCUAAAUUGGUGGUGUAGCUUCAGGGAAAUGUCUGUUUAGCCCUCGCUGUUGCAUUUCUGCUGCAUUACUGCCACGUUGCACUCUCUUUUCUGCAUGCAGUGGCGCCCCUCGUUACGAGGUUAUUUACAUGAUUAUUCCUGUUAUGGGUGCUUUUAAAGCCUUGGUCCUUCCUUCUAACAGCAGUAGCGUUGAACAUGUAUCUCAUUUCUCUGGCCGCAUACUGUGAUUAGUCUGUCCCUCCCCCUUAGGGCUUUCAGCUAUAUGGUAUCUGCUGGUCCCACCACACGCUGUGUUAGACAGUCCAGAAUAUCCAGUUUUGUGAUCUGGCAACGCCGUGCCUGUUUCCGCUUUCUGUGUUGCAACGCUGUCACCUCGUUCUGCUACAAGCUGGAGUACUUCACUGAACGUGAGCUCAGGCAUGCGAGGUGUGGUGAUGUAUGCAUGUGGGUGUGUGAGUGCAUUUCCCGAAGAGCCCAGGUGGGUCUGGUCCUGGCGCUAGUCUAAAAUUACCUUGAUCUAGCGCGGACUCCGAGGAGGUGUGCAUACACACCCAUACACGCAUGGCACACAGCAGAUGUACCUUUUGCGGGACAGGGGGUGUGCGUUUCCUAUGCAUGCCUCAGUUAGUCUGGACAGGACGGUGAACGAAACAAGCAGAUGAAUUCUUUAUGCCCUUUGAGUGGGCAGCUGAAAAUGUAUUAAUCUUAUUUAUUGUUUAUUCAUGUUUGCAUUGACACAGUUUUGCUCGUAUGGCCCUGACCCACAUCAGGUAUCUAGCUGCCAGAACCACCCUGUCCCUUUCUGUUCAGCUGUAACGCACCAGUCUGGGCUUGAAGCUGCCUCAGCCUGGACCUGUGGUCUGCAGCCACAUCCUGUGUCAGGCCGUGUCUGUAAGCUCGACAAGCAGGCUGUCUGCAAGGGAAAGGAAGAUGUAAAUGCCAGAGCAGGCAUGGCCACUGGAUGCUCCCCUCCGCCCCCCACCUCAGCUGCACGGCGCCCCCGCCCCGUGGCAGUCAGCUGACCCUGCCCCCACGAUGACGGUGACCGAGAGGCUGCGACAGAAGAUCUCAGUCGCCUUCUACUGGCACGGCCUGCUGUGCGCCUCCUACCCCGUUCCCAUCAUCCUCUUCACCGCAGUCUGCAUCCUCGCGUGCUGCUACCCUCUGCUGAAGCUGCCCCUGCCUGGGGCGGGUCCGGAGAAGUUCACCACAGGAGUGCGUGAUUACACAGUGCCCCCAGAGGACCCUGGUGGGGAGCUCGGGGAGCGGCCCGAAUGGUACCACGGCCCCCCUGUGGCGUACAUCCAGCAGGUGCUGGUGAAGGCGGCGGUGUCCCCCUGGGACAGCAAGCUGGUCCCAGUGGACGCCUUCAGGUCCCCGCUGGGACGCGUCUUCGCUCUGCUGGACGAGAUCCGCAGCCACAUGCACUCUGACAGUUCUGGCGUUCGAAGCCUAGAGGCACUGUGCCUCCAGGUGACGGACCUGUUGCCUGGGUUACGACGCUUGCAGACCAUUCUCCCAGAGCAUGGCUGCCUCAUCGUCUCCCCUGGCAACUACUGGCAGAACCAGCGGGAGCUGUUCGAUACGGACCCGGACCUGCUAAAGACGGUCCAGCAGCAUGAACCUAAAGGCCUGCAUGUGUCUGCCACCCUGAAAGACCUGCUGUUCGGAGUCCGUGGCCAGCAAACAGGGGUUAGCCUGAACAGUGGCAAACGCGUGGUCACCUACACCGUUACCAUGGCGCUGCGGAGCUAUGAUGCCAGGUUCCUGGGCAGCCUGAGGUCGCGUCUCAAGCAGCUGCAUCCGUCGUCGAACUGCAGCCUGCGCGAGGAGCACAUUGUGCACGUCUACUUCAAGGAGGAGAUCGGCGUGGCGGAGCUCAUCCCCCUGCUCACCACCUACAUCAUCCUCUUCGCCUACAUCUACUUCUCCACCCGAAAGAUCGACAUGGUCAGGUCCAAGUGGGGCCUCGCUCUGGCUGCCGUGGUGACGGUUCUCAGCUCGCUCCUCAUGUCUGUGGGGCUCUGCACCCUCUUUGGCCUGACGCCCACACUCAAUGGAGGGGAGAUCUUCCCCUACCUGGUGGUGGUAAUCGGCUUGGAGAACGUGCUCGUCCUCACCAAGUCCGUGGUGUCGACCCCUGUUGACCUGGAGGUCAAACUGCGCAUAGCUCAGGGGCUAAGCAACGAGAGCUGGUCCAUCAUGAAGAACAUGGCUACUGAGCUGUGCAUCAUUCUCAUUGGAUACUUCACCCUGGUCCCAGCCAUUCAGGAGUUCUGCCUGUUCGCUGUGGUGGGGCUGGUCUCUGAUUUCUUCCUCCAGAUGCUUUUUUUCACCACGGUGCUCUCAAUCGACAUCCGUCGCAUGGAGCUGGCCGACCUGAAUCGGCGGCUUCCGGCCGAGGCGGGGAUGCCCCCUUCGAAACCCGGGCCCCUCCGGCCGCGUGAAACCCCGCCGCCCCCGCGCCCCUCCCCGCACACGAUCACCCUGCAGCCCCCCGCCUUCCGGAACCUGCGGCUCCCCAAGAGGCUGCGGGUGGUGUACUUCCUGGCCCGCACGCGGCUGGCUCAGCGCAUCAUCAUGGUCGGCACGGUGAUUUGGAUCGGCAUCCUGGUGUACACGGACCCGGCGGGUCUGCGCAUCUACCUGGCUGCCCAGGUGUCCGAGCAGAGCCCGCUGGGGGGGGCGGGGCUGCCCCAUCUGGGCGUCGCCCCCGUCUUCCCGCGCGGUGACCCCACCAGCACGCUCAGCGUCCUGCCCCCUGCUGAGCCCACCCCUGCACUGCCAGAGAACCUGUCCCAGGGACACGCCCCCCAGGCAGCAGGCCGGGCUGUGCCCCAGAUCCGCUGGGGCCCUGAGGACGGGGAAGCAUGGAAGCAUCUGUCCUUCCGGCACUGGCCCCUGCUCUUCAGCUACUACAACAUCACCCUGGCCAAGAGGUAUAUCAGCUUCCUGCCAGUCAUCCCAGUGACGUUCCACCUGAGCCCGCAGGAGGCGCUAGAGACGCGGCACCCCCAUGACACGCACCAUGCCCCGCCCCCCCCGUCGAGCACAGCCCCUGACAGGGAAGGCCCUCCCCCCCAGGGCGACUUGACACUCUACAAGGUGGCCGCUCUGGGCCUGGCAGCGGGGGUCAUUUUAGUCCUACUGCUCUUCUUCUUGUACCGUGUGCUCUGUCCCCGUAACUAUGGCCAGAACGGGGUGCAGCAUGGCCGCCGUCGCCGUGGAGACCUGCCCUGCGACGACUAUGGCUACUCUCCGCCCGUCAGUGAGAUCUCGCCGCUGCUGCUGCGGGGGCACAGCAUGGACAUUGAGUGUCUGGCCAGUGAUGGGAUGCUGCUGGCCAGCUGCUGCCUAGCAGGGCAGAUCCGGGUAUGGGACGCCCAGACCGGGGACUGCCUGACUCUCAUCCCCAAUCAUGGGCUGCGUCACUGUAGUAGCAGUGGCGGGUGGGAGCAGCGGAACGGUUGGGACGUGGGCGAGCUGGAAAGCCUGGGGGCCGAGGAUCCAGACGCAGACGUGGCCCUCCUGAGGCGACGCGCUGCCCCGUCCUCGCGUCCCUCCCUCUUCAUGGACCAGCCCGAUCUCACCCCCCUCAUCGACACCAGCUUUGCCCGCCUGCCCCCUUCGCAGGCCACGUGCCACUCCGGCUUCGACUUCGGCGAGCUGGUGGAGCGGGCGUACCUGGAGCACGAGCCCUCGCCCAGCCCCACGUAUCCCCCCUCCCCCCACACACCCCCGCAGAGGCGCCGCAGCGUAGGGGACCAGCCCAUGGCUCCCCCAGAGCCAGCCUGCUCCAGCCCUCCUGACUGGGACAGCUCCGUCUGGGCGCUGGAGCUCAGGGGAAACCUUAUUGCAGCUGGGAGGAGGAGUGGCCGGCUGGAGCUGUGGGAUGCUGUUGAAGGCAGCUUACGGUGCAGCAAUGAUGAAGGAGUUUCUGGGAUCACCGCACUGGCCUUCCUGAGUAACCGGAUCGUGGCAGCCCGGCUCAGUGGUUCGCUGGACUUCUUCACCGUGGACAUGAACAAGCCUCUGGGCUUGCGUCAGUAUCGGGGCACCCCCGGGCGGGGUAGCAUGCCCCCCCUGUCUCCCUGCUACAGCAGUGAGGAUGUCAUCAGCUGUCAGGUAACACGCUCUGUGCAGUGCGCCCACCACAAGCCAAUCACAGUGCUGCGAGCAGCGGCGGGCCGCGUGGUAACGGGCAGCCAGGACCACACCGUCAGGGUCUAUCGGCUGGAGGAUUCCUGCUGCCUCUUCACUCUGCAGGGCCACUCAGGCGGCAUCACUGCCAUUUAUAUUGAUCAGACCAUGGUGCUGGCCAGUGGGGGACAGGAUGGAGCCAUCUGUCUGUGGGACGUCCUGACUGGCAGCCGGGUCAGCCACGUGUACGGUCACCGUGGUGAUGUGACUUCCCUGGUCUGCACGACGUCCUGCGUGAUUAGCAGCGGGCUGGACGACCUGAUCUGCAUCUGGGACCGGAGCACGGGCAUCAAGCUGUAUUCCAUCCAGCAGGAUGUGGGCUGCGGUGCCAGUCUAGGCGUCAUCUCAGAUGGGCUCCUGGUCACCGGCGGGCUGGGCUGCGUGUCCUUCUGGGAGCUAAACUACGGUGACCUCCUGCAGACGGUGUACCUGGGGCCCAGCAGCGAGGGCCAGGCCGUGCGGCAGCUCCUGGUGCUGGACAACGCUGCCAUCGUGUGCGACUUUGGCAGUGAGCUCAGCCUGGUCUAUGUGCCCUCCGUGCUGGAAAAGCUGGACUGAGCCUGUCGCUGUUAUUCCUCCCUAUUUCCUGUCGUCUUCAUCGUGGCCCUGCCCCCUUCUGUGCGAUCUGUGCACCCGGCCAGUGGAGGGCAGCAGAGGCUCUGGCGGGACUCUGCUUUCGGACCUGAGUCCCCAGGAGGACUCUGCGGGAUGCUUCGGCUGCAGUGUUGUUACGGUUGUUUUUCCUGUACAGUCAUUGGUGCUGCAGGUGGUCCCACCCACCCUACUAGCCAAUGAGUGACAGCCACGGCAAACUUGGGUUAUAGUGAGUUGAGUGAGUGAGGUCAUUCAUUUAAAUUUAAUUUGUAUUUUAUGGAUUUCAGCUUUGUAUUGCUUUGAAUGGACGUGGGGAGUGGUCAUGUGAGAUCUGGAAAGUAAUGUGCAAUGUUUAGCCCUGGACACCUGGAAGACUGACCUUACGGAAGGAGUGAAGCUCAAGACUAAAAGCACGUCAGACCCUGUUUCAAACCCCCGCCCAGUUAACGCCCCAGUACGUCUUGUGUGUCCAGAGAGGUUGUCCUGUGCACCUCGUAUGCCGUGUGACCUGCCCACCAAACGGUUCUGAUCCGGUUACACAGCACCACACAGCAUGUUUCCACAGCAGUGGGCAUGGUGUAAAUUAAUUGUUUUAAUUUAAGGCCCUGGUGUUGGAUUAGUAAACCAGGUAUGGAGAGCUGGGCCAGGUGAAAUUCUACAGAGCCAGGCUCCUCUUAGCACUGUGCUUGCAGAAAGACUCUUGUCAGGAUACUUAAUAUUUAUUAUUACUUUUGGGUUUAUUACUUAUUAUUGUAACAGGAGGUUGGUAGUCAGGCGGUGUGAAGCCUGGUCGUGAUUUAAUUAGCUACGAUACGGCUUUUCAGAGGACAGCUGCAGACAAAAAACAAGAAGGCAACAGUGUACAUCCCCUGCCACAUCCCUGCCACAUCCCCUGCCACAGCCCUGCCUUUAUCUCCAUCCUUCUUGCUAUAUCUUACCAACCUGUGAUGGAAAAAUCACCGUUUAGUCCUUUACUGGAGUCUGGGACAUGAUAUGCUUGUUACUUUGUAGCCACGACCAACACAACUCGCAUCCCAGCUGGCUGUACUGCUGGCCCCAGUGAGCCCCUCUGACGGCACGUAAGACACGCCCACAACAGAACAGACGCCCACACACAUCUGGACACCUGGUUAAAUGUAUGUUUGUGCUCAGACUGGUUCAGCAGGAUUGAGUGUGCAAGUAAGCAAAUCUCUACUGUAAUGCUUAUAAUUUAUUAGUUUGUGUUCUGGAUGUAUAUAUUAGCUGAGAGCUUUAAAAUAGAGAAACUUUAUGUAUGUUAUUUUCGUUUUGUUUUUUGAUUUGUGUUUGUAUUCAAGGCCAAUUUGUAAUUUUUGCCCCAUUGUGAUUUUCGGUUUGGUCGCGGGUUUCGGUUAGAGUCCAUCGCCGUCCCACGUCAGCGCAUCAGUGUUCCUCCUCAUACCACCUUCACUCUUGUGAAUUCUGCUUUUGCUCCAGUCUGUUCCAGCUCAAACAUGAAACGUUUCUAUUCACCCUCCAAAUAUUUUGAGAUGGAAGGACCUAAGAGCAUAAUACUUAAUCUCUACAUUUAAAUGCAAACAAAUCUCCUACACGAGGCGGGGAAGACACCCAAAUGGACCAGGACAUAAACACGGAUAGGUUUGCGACCCCAAGAGAAUCGUGCUAUCUGAUAUUCCCCCACCCCGAGCACAAGGCCGCAUGAUUGUACUCUAGAGAUGUAACUAAUCUUCUGUACUAUUUUUAAACAAAGGAGGACUUUAUACUAAUUUACAAAUAAAAGGCUUUGAUAUAGCAUUCUGGAAUUUUA